AGAACUGCAUCAGAUGGCUCUGCCUGACUUUAGUUCUAAUGGUGUAUCACUGUGCAAGGGAACUCUAUCCGGACUCACGAAUAUUACUAGAUGGGGAGAAGCAUCUUUAGAUGAAAGACCGGAUAAAGUAUAUUUGAACAUGACCCUGCUAGUAAAGGACCUCUACGCUAUCUAUUCCUGGAACAGGAAAAAAUUAAAUGGAGAUUUUUCCACGAAAAUCAACAAAGUAUUUUUUAACUUAAAAAUACGCCAAGACCUGCAAGGAUCUGGGAGCCCAGAUGUUACAGAAUACUCUGUGAAGCAGAUGGAGGGUUUGAGUGUUGGUUUGAAUGGUCUGGGCCCCCUCAACUGGGUUGGCAAAAAGGUAUUGAUGGGUAUGAUCCAGGAGAGUGUUACCAAUAUUAUGGAACAACGAGGGAAGGAAAUUAUCAGGGCUGAAUUGAGCAGAGUGUCUAUAGUGGAUCAGCUUUCAUUUAGCUUAUUCAAUCCAAAACUUAUUUAAACCAGUUUAAACCAAGAAGGAUUAAUACUUGUCUAAUUUUAACCCGUUUUACUAAAAAAGAAAAUGUUAUUUUAAGAGUAUUUGACAAACGUUGUAAAAAUGUAUUUAACCCUUUUAUUUUCUAUAUAUAUAUAUAUAUAUGUUUAUCUAAAGAUUAUCAUUGUCCUUAAAAAGGUUUUGGAUUUAAUACUUGGCAAUUGAUUGAUAGAUUAUACAGGGUGACCCAUUUAACAUGAAAGUAUGUAAAGACUCGACUUUUUUUCCGAUAUUUGGUAUGACAAAAUGAGUGUAUCAAAACAUGCUUGUAUGAGAAUUUCCGAAAGUGGUGUCUUCCUUUUUUGCAUCUUUAAAAUGACGGUGAUAUUAACAUUUAAACAAUUUUUCUGUUAUUAGCUAAAUGGCAAUCUGGAAAAGUUCAAAAUAACUUAAUUAACUUGAAGGUUCAAAAAUAAAAGACCUCAUUUUGGAAAUCCUGAGACUAGUUGUCUUAAACAUAAAGUGUAUUAACUGGGAUAUUGUGAUAUAAUGCCGCGUCGAACAAAAAGGAUUUAGAUUAUGUUAAUUUAUUUCCAUAUUUAUUGGGUCACCAUGUAUCAACUAUAAUAACAGUAUAAUAUAUUGACAGGACAAACAUACCAGUAGCUUUACAAACUUAGGACAAGGACUAACGUAGGACAAGAAAACAUUCUACCAUUGUAAAAUAUUUAUUUACAAUGGUAGACCCAAGGACCACAAUUACCAUAAUCUUGCUAAGAGGAGACUGUUUAAUUGGGCAUACUUUUCUAUUUUGUCUAAUAUACAGGGUUACCAUAACAAAAUGAGACUUUUUAGACGACUACAUAGAAUGUAUUUGGCUUUCUUUUAUAAAUUCAUGGUUCUCAGUAGCUGUAAAUCAUCUGAUGUAACAAUUGAAAACUAUUUUAAGAUUAAAAACCUAUCUCAACCUCUAGAAAGUUAAUUUAAAAGAGUUUAAGGUCGUCAUUAGAGUUGCAUUCUUUGUGGGUAACCCUGUAGUCUGUACAGUUUUCUCUAGCUCCUUAUAAGUCCGUACGGUACAGAGAUUUUUACCCCUGCAAAUAAAAUAUUGAUAUCUCGUUUUUUGUCCUACGUUUGUCCUUUUAAAUAAACCAAUAAAAUGUAAUUUUGUGUUUAAUUUUGAAGCCCUUGAAAGUAUUAUAUACAUGCAGGGUUAUCAACAAAGGAUGAGAUUGUAAAUACGACCUGAAUUCUUUAAACCUGACGAUUCCAAGCUUAAAUUAAGUCUUCUUCUGUGAAUACAGACUUCUAAUGGCUAAAUCAAUGAUUAGGCAAUGAAAGAAACAAGUUUACGAUUGCAGAGAAUAAUAAUUAUAAGGAAAUAGACAGUGUAAAUUCUGUACAGUCGUCUCUGAAGUCUCGUCCUUUAUGGGUAACCCUUUAUAUUCUUGUACAAUAAAUAGAUAUAUUUCGAUGUGCUCUGUACAUAUAUAUAUGUGUAUCUUUACAGUACAGUGUAACAUAUAUAAUUACAAAUCAGAAAGAUUUAUUAUUACAAUUCAUAUACAUUUAAUGAUAAUAAUAGACUUUCAAUUUACUAGUUAUUUAUAUUUUAUAAUAGAAACUAAUAAAAAAUAUGUGUUUAUGAUUUUUUUCAAAUUCUUUUUAAGAAACUGUGUUUGCCUCACAAUCUGAUUUCCUAAUCCGUAUAUCUUUGCAACCUUAUGUCUUAGAUCUUUGAUAUUUUAACUAUGAAUUCUGCUUAAUCAAAGAGCCUAAGAUCCUAUAAACCUAUAAACUGAUCUGAUACAGUAUACAAUAUACAACAUAAAUAAAUUGAUCGUGUUUUUCAUGCAAUUAUAAUUACUAGGAAAACCUUUUGAGUAGUUGCCACAAACUCCAAUUUCCGAAUCCCCAUAUCUUUGAAAACUAAUGUUGUAAACCUUUGAUAUUCCAAACAUA